AUGGCAGACGCUCUUGAACCACGAACCGGUCUGACGAUUCCCAUCCAAAACUCGGGUGUGUGGCUGCUGGUUAUGGCGACGUUGGAUCCCUUCGCUGCUCAACCCAAAGUGGCAAUAUCAACGCACGGACAUAGCCGUAAUACUACCGUGGCUGAUCAUGUCGCCAUCCGUCAAUCACCAGCAAACAUUUCUUCGCCCCCAUCACCCGAUCCCGAGCAGCUGGCCUCCCGUCAAAGCGAGUCGGGGCGCUGGGCGAUCCCCAUCCCGGCUGAGGCAACCGAUCUGUGUUUGCGCAGCACCUAG